CUGACAGUGACAGGCUGACAGCUAUGUAGCGAAAAUACAAAUAAACUCGAAAAUACAUAACGUUUUGAAUAGAGCCGGUUGUGAUAUUAUAAUUUUGAUUUUCCUACUACAUGGUCAAAAUUACAAUAAAGUCGAUAAAUGAGAGUGAAAAUGACAGAACAUGGAGCUGCCUUGCAAACCUACAACCAAGAAUUAGUUAAAUGUUUAGAAGACCUGAAAAUAAGAAAAAACGAAGUACGGGCGAUGAUAUACAAAGAGCAGGCAGAAAAAGUCGUCAUAGAAAAAAACAUCAAAGCCUUGCAGGAUAAGCUCCUGUUAUUAACACAAAAUCUUCAGCAACAUGAAGAGAUGUAUGAAAGCUAUGAAACUACAAUUCAGGAAACUGAAAAUGGAUUCAGGAAGAUUUUAGAAAGCAGUCAAACACUUCUACAUAUGGUCCAACAUGAAGUUAUUAGGCUUGAUUCUAGUCAAAACAUAAGCCUAGAUAAUAUGAUGAUCAAAGGCAUUCCUUCAUACCAUAAUGAGAAUGUUAAUUACUGAUGUUUUUCAUUCUUCACUAAUUUUAGGUCAAGUUUGUAUACUGUAAUACCAUUAAUAUUAUUUUUUUCUAUUGAUUUGUCAUGUAAUUUUAAGUAUAAACUAUUCUAUUAGAUUCAAAAUAAUUUAUUUUUUAAAUAAUAUAAUUUAACAAUAUUCAGUUCAUUAUUUCAUUCAAAAUAUUUAAUGGAAUCACAGAAUCAUAAUGAAAACAAAUAUGUGUUGAAACAUGGAUUGCUUUAUACAUUUCCUAAACUUUUCUGCUCAGUCCAAAUAUGGAGUAACUCUCUAGGAUCUCCAUAUCCAUGACUAGCUACAACAUAUUUGAACCUAAAUUUGUCAUAAUCCUUCCUAUAGAAAUAAAAUUCCUCACAAUGUAAAGGCUCAAUUUUGGCCUUGUAUGCCAACAAUCCUAGGUAAAUAUCAUCAAACCUAAAAUGUUCAGUGUAAAAACUUGUAUAGUACAUAUCUAUCAAGGCUGCUCUGGACAAAACAUAAGCCCCAGCAGUAAUAUAAACAGGCCACUUGUGAUAAGGAUACUCUUUUAAUGACACAUACCAUUUGCUGGUCAAAUGUCUAAGAGGGGAAGAGUCAACUAAACACCCAGUGUACAGCCUAACAUCAUUUUCCAGCUCAAAAGUCAAUUCCUGUGGUCUACGUCCAAUUUUGAGGAGUUCAUUCAUUGUUCCAAAUGGAUCUUUCAAGUAUUUUGGAUAGUUAGUGGGGUACCGAACAAACCUAAGUACGUUUUUUGUAGAAACAUAGUAGUCAUCAUCAACAAACAUGUAGAAUUUAGAGUUAGAACAGAAUUUAGUAGCCCACUGUAAGCCCAUCAUGGUUUUGUAAGUGUUAUUGUAGUAAGUAUCUGUGAAGUUCGCAUGGACUAUAUCUUUAUACUUGGAAUACUCCUCAUUCAGAGAAUCUUGUAAACUUUUUGAGUCUCGAUUGCCUACCAAAAAUACAGUUCUUAUCUCCACAUCUGAAAAUCGUCGCUCAUACCCCCAAGAGCUUCUUAUAGCAUUACGCCGAUCAAAAUUCUCUGGGGAGGACUUGAUGAGAUAUACCAGCCUUAUCUCUUUCACUCUGGCACAUUUUUCAUGGCAAGUUUUACUGUAUUCAAAAUAAUACAUGUUUAUUGGUGCUACAUCCGGUAUUGAAUGGGCUUUCAGGCUCUCCACAAACGAUUCUAUCUCCCCAUCAUAAGGAUAGUGAAAAUCGUCGUAAAAAUCACGUUCUAGUAAAUGGUGAAAGGCUCCAAAUACAUAAAGGAGGCAGAGAGACACCAGAAAUGCCAAAUAUCUUUUCAGUUUUCUUGAGUUGGUGAACAUUUUGAUUCUUUAAAAUUUCGUGGUUCUACUAACCAUCCACUCGCUAGGUAUAAUACAUUUCUAGAUGACAUUAGGUAAUUCAAUUAGUGAAUUACCUACUUAUGAAACGAAACUACGAUUCAUAAUCGCACCACGCACCUUCAUCAUUGCAUUAGCAUAAACA